CUGAAAAUCUCUCCGGUAAAGUUAUCUGAGAUUACAUUGAUGUUUUUAAACGAGGUGAUGUCUAGAAAAAGCUGAUCUUCAAUCGCCAACUAUCUUGUUGUUGGGAAAUGCUGUUAAUCAUUAAAAACUAAGGUGAAGGUGCAGACAUGACGAGGUGGGCGAGAGCCAAUAACAUCCACAAACACAAGCCAGCAGAGGCCACUCCAUGGAGUAAGCUGAGAGCAGGAGGGGGUCACCCCGGCAGCUCUGGUGGCCCUGCAGGUGCCAAGCAAGGAGCUCAGAGGGACCAUCUGAGAGGGACUCAGCCUGGAGGAUCAGCCGUGAAAAAGCCCAACCGUAAGAAGAAGGACUACGUGGAUGAGGAUGUGAACGGCUUCCUGGAGUAUCUCCAGCAGAGCGGACAGCCGCUGCCCAAAGGAGACCGAGGAGGGAGGGAGGAGGAACAGGAGCUCAGGGAGGAGGUGGGAACAGCCCUGAGAAAAGACAGAAGAAGAGAGGACAGAAGGAUAAAGAGGCAGAAAAACAAGAAGAACAACAUGCUGUGCUUCAACUGCAGGAAACCCGGUCACGGUUUGGCCGACUGUCCGGAGGCCGACCGAGACGAGGAGAUGGGUCGAGGCAUCUGCUACCGCUGCGGCUCCACCGAACAUGAAAUCCAGAAGUGCAGAGCUAAAGUGGACCCGGCUCUGGGUGAUUACCCGUAUGCAAAGUGCUUCAUCUGUGGUCAGACUGGACACUUGUCGCGGUCCUGCCCAGAUAAUCCUAAAGGACUUUAUGCUCAAGGAGGUUCCUGUCGCGUUUGUGGUUCAGUGGAACAUUUUCAGAAGGAUUGUCCAGAACACCAGGCUGCAACUCACUCAGUGACAGUUUCCUGGUUGUCCAACAACAUGAGCGCCGACCACGAGGAAGUCCACGUUCCAGUGAAGAAAGCCAAACCCAAACAGACUAAAGUGGUGGUGUUCUGAUCAGCUGCUGGUCUGAGCAGCGUCUCACUCUGGACUCGAACAAACGGACUGAUUACUGUUCACAUGCAGUGAAGCGCUUCUUCAGACACGUUCUGGUUCCGUUUGUGUUUAUUUGAUAAAGAUCCUUUUAAUAAAGUGUUUCUGCUUCUGUA